AUGGAAUCCGUAGGUGUCAAAUCAGUCAUCACCGAUAAAUACCUGCGGCCCAUGAAAGAUGCACGUCUCUCAGCCAACGGAAGGGGUAACCCACAAAUGUACCUUGAGAAGGCACGUACUGGAAAUGAUAUGUACCACAUAAAAAGUCGUGAAACCAACAAAUACUGGCAAGUGAAAUCGGCGGGUGACCUAUGGAUUACGGCUGAUGCUGAUGUAAUUAACGAAGACCAAAGAAGUUUGGCAUGUACUAUGUUCCAUGUCAACUGCUUCGCUACUUCUGCUACUGAUCCUGUUGGUAAAACAGCCCGACUUCGCCACGGCAAUCUCCAACGCUAUGCAUGUGCUUUCAAGGAUGGCGACGAUUACUACUUACGCGCAGUAUCUGACAGCACAGACAAUGACUCCAAGGAUGUCUUUGUCUGUGAAAAAUUCUAA